UGAUUACGCAAUAACAACAAACGUCAAGCUGUACAGAUGAAUGUCUGAUAGUCACGUACGCGUUCUCUUCUUUCCGUUCGUGUUCUCUUUAAAUCGGGUCACUGAUGGUCUGAGCCGAUAAAGUGUACUUUGUCGUUUCUAGCCUUUAUGAGAGAAUUAGCGCUUUAGUUGUACUCUGUAGUAGCGAAGCUGCUAUUUUGUAUAUUUGUUUGGGUCCUGUCCUGUGUUUAACGAUGCCUCAGGAAUCUCAGGAGGGGCAGCAACCGCUGCCGCUGGUCCGAUCUCUGGUUAGCCGGACACCGGCCUACGUGUUGUUCUGUAACUGCAGCCCGCGCGUCGUGAAGCCCGUCUGGAUCAACUUCCGCGGGGAGCCGCAGCCAUACGUAGAUAUACAGCCGUACACCGGACGAAGAAUGACAACUUAUGUGGGACAUCCAUGGAUGUUUCGGGAUGCAGAGACUGACGAUCCAAUGGUAGUCAAUAAUAAAGAGAUGUACUUGCCAGCCGCCCUUGAAAAUGGGCAAGUCUCAAUUGCCAACAUCACAUUACCUGUGUUGACCUUGCGAGAUCGCUGUCUGCAAGUUGUGAGGCGGUUUGUGCGCAGAGAAGAUAUCUGUCGACUGGAGAUCGCCCACUGCCUACAAGAUGACCUUGCUCAGAGACCCAGCAUUCACGCCGAUCUACGACGCAUUAGCCAGCGAGUGGAACAGAAGUUACUGGAGAACAGAGAACAGCAAAACAGAUGAAAACAUGAACAUUAACUUUAUUGUGAAUGAGGACAUAUUUACUGAGCAGACUUGUGCACCAGCACCAUAUAAAACGGACAAUAUAUUCUGGCACUAUAAAACACAAUCCUGAGAUCACGAGGAAUAUUUUCUAAAGAUGUAUCAAGCAAUACAUUCAGGCCCUUUAGGCUUUAGUGAGAUGCACUGACAUGUGAGUCCAUAGAAAGAACUUUAGAAAAUGCAGAUUUUGUGUGAUUGUGUGGUAGACUAUGCAAUAGCUGAGAGCAUUAUUUCAUUUUUGGUUACAGUUCUCUGUAUACUUUUACUCUUUUACCAAUAACUUUAUAUUUGGAAAAAUGUUCUUUGUAAAUAAAAAGAAUGACUAAAUAUUUGUAA